CCGGAGGUUGUAAGGAGAAACAAGCAGCAACACAGUCGGCGGCAGGAGGAAGCUGCCUCUGCCAAGACUCGCCUCCUCUCCAGCUGCUUACAGUUCCCGUAAUAGCCAUGCAUAUGGGGCUGCCCGGGCUAUCCCUCUCGCGGGUCGCUUGGCUGUGCGUCGCAGGUGCCACUUUGGCGCUGGGGGUGGCCGCGGCUUGGCGUCGGCGGCGGGCUCAUCGAAGUUUAGUGCAGGUGGGGACGGUGACGGGGCUUUACAUCUACCCUGUCAAGUCAUGCCAGAGGGUGUCUGUGGAAGACGCCGAGGUGACGGAGAUGGGCCUCCGCAAAGGGGACCUGCGGGACAGGUUUUGGCUUGUGAUUAGAGAAGAUGGACACAUGGUCACAGCUCGGCAGGAACCACAACUGGUUUUGAUUUCCGUAGCUUGUGAAAAUGGUCACUUGAUCCUGAAUGCUCCAGAGAUGAAAGAAUUGACCAUUCCUGUCAAGCUCCAUAAAGAGAAUCCAGUCAAGAAUUGCAGGGUCUUUGGGCUUGAUGUUGAAGGACGGGACUGUGGGGAUGAUGCAGCACGCUGGAUCACCACUUUCUUGAAUUCAAAACCGUAUCGGCUGGUGCACUUUGAGACUCAGAUGACACCAAGGAAGUGCAAUGAAAUUAAGCCUCCUUUUCGAAAUAAUGAUAAGGUUCCCUACAGUGACUGUGGUCCCAUUCUGAUCAUCUCAGAAGCUUCAAUGGAAGACCUAAAUACUAGAAUGGAGAAAAAAAAGGAUAUGCGUUAUUUUAGACCAAGUAUUACAGUUUCUGGCUGCAGUGCUUAUGAAGAGGACACCUGGGACAAGGUUGUAAUUGGUGACGUGGAGAUGAAACAGGUGAUGGCAUGUGGCAGGUGUAUUUUGACAACUGUUGAUCCAGAUACUGGAAUCAUAGACAGAAAAGAGCCACUGGAAACACUCAAAAGCUAUCGGAUGUGUGAUCCAGCUCAGAACCAUAUCUACAAAUCAGCUCCAUUGUUUGGGAGCUUUUAUGGAAUAGAUAAAAUUGGAAUCAUUAAAAAAGGAGAUCCAGUAUACAAGAUAACUGAGUGUUAGAAAAAGUCUUUUAGAAUGAGAGGAUGAUUUACCUUGAAACAAUGUGUAGCCUGUUCAAUAACUGUAUUGUUAAAGUAAUGUAGGGUCUGGCCUAGCCAAAUCAACACUUCUGUGUAAGUCCCAUGAAUUUUGUCCCAAGGGCAGACAAAAGGAAGUACUCAUUCACUCAACAAGUAAUUAAAUUGUGGAAGUUGCUGCCAAUGGAUGUAAUGAUUACUACAAGCAUUAAUGACUUUAAAAGAGGAUUUGACAGAUUCACAGAAGAGAGGUCCAUCAAUAACUACUAGCCAUGAUGACUGAAGGGAACCUCCAAGUCCAGAGGCAGUAAAUACUGGGCUACUCUUACUAGGAGACAAUAUCAGGAGGAGUCUGCCAUGGACUCUGUUCCAUUUGCUGAUCCUUCAAGGUAACUGGCUGGCCACUGCGUGAAGCAGGAUGCUGUCCUAACUGAACAACUGGUCUGAUCCAGGGAACCAGUGGUGUCCUCACAUUCAGCUACCCCUUUGAAAUUAGACAGAUUUAGAAGUGCUUAACUUUUGCUGAUAUACAGCCAUGUAUUCUUCAAGUAUUUGUUGUUUACACAAAGCCAUUAACAGGGCCCACAUCAGGGAUUGGUAUGGUCAGAUACCUUCUGGGUAUCUUGACCUUGCGCAAGGUCCACUACCAGAGAGGAUUGACUUGUACAUUCUCACAAGUGAAUGGGAGAGCAUCCUACAAGCUGCUGCAACCACAAUAUGGUAGUUGCACUCUGUUUUCACCAGACACCUCCUCCAGCAGGAAAUGGGAGAUUGCCCCAGAAACCUCUGUGAUUCAGCAGAGGUCUCUGGGGAGAUCUCCCACUUCCUGGUUGGAAAGACAUUGGAGGAAGUGGAGCAGUGUUUCUCUCAAGCUCCUUCUAGCCCUCCUGACACUGACUUCAAAGAAAUGAGGGGGCAUGUGUGUGCAUGCAUGUGUAUGAUAGGAACAGAAGGAGUGGAGGAGGAUGAGGUGGUGGUGAUGACAAGGAGAGCCAUGAAAGUCAUAUGGGCCAGGGACCUUCAGAUCCUUAAGAUAGAUCACAAAAGAAAAGACUAAACUACCCAAAGAAUACAGAUGAUAAUCAUUCAACGAUUUGUUUUUGUACUGAGACCGUGCCUCAUGUUUAACCUUGAUAGCUUGACUAACAGCCUUUAACUUAAAAAUUAUACUUGUUGAAAAAUUAAGAUUGCAUUAAAAUUAUAUUUGUUGAAAAAUUAAGAUUUUAAAUAAGCCAUUGUGAUUUUGAGAAAUAGGAGGCAUUUUUUUGUGAAAACAAAUGUUACCAGAGACUUUCUUACUCCUAAAAUCUAAUGCUGCUUUCUCAAGAGACCUAAAUUGUUUUUCGCUUUUGUUUAUCUGUUUUUACUGUUAUGAAUCAUGUUGUGCAACUUGUUUAGCAAAGUAGUAUAGUUUUUUUUAAUGAAUAAAUCACAUAUCAUAAAUAAA